AUGGAUUCGAAUCUCUUGUCGCUGAGGAGGAACACGGAACGCAAAAAGAAAAUAUUAUGUAAAGAAAUAUUGGGGAAAAUAGUGCGAAAAUGUUUCACCACUUUAAAGAAAAAGACUAUGAAUUUUUGCCUCGAAACUGGACUACACGGUUACAAAUAUAUUGCCGAGACUCACCGUUCUACCCCAGUCAGGAUCGCGUGGGCAGUAAUAGUAAUUACAUUUCUGUGCAUCGCACUUGUAAUAAUAAAAUUCACAUUUGAUUUUUAUACCGAGCACCAAGUUUCCACGGUCAUCGAAUCGACCCACCACGGAAUAUGGAACUAUCCGUUUCCGGCAGUGACUCUGUGCAAUAUUAAUCGUAUGUCCGUCAGAUUGACGCGGAAAUUGGCUGAAAAAUUAAAGCUCCCGCCAGACAUAUCGAAAGAAUUUAUUUUUCAAGAGCUGAGAUUGUUGAACGAGUUAUUGUAUCCUGGGAACUACCAAGGAAACAUUCAAAACAAUCUCUCGCGAUUGCAAAGUAUCCUCGACAGGAACGAUUUGUCGAUUCCAACGGCGAUUAAUUCCGUGACGGAGCCUUGCGAAAAUUUUCUGGCGGCCUGUACAGUGAAAUCUAUUGCCCAGAAUUGCAGCGUUCUGUUCGGGAUGAGUUACACCCGCGAAGGAAUAUGCUGCAGUUAUAAUUACAUCACAGUCAAGCAAAUCACCGAAAAUAAUCAACGGGAACCAGUUAGAUCGGCUUCUUGCGGAUACAAAAGUGGACUCGGCGUUAUAAUUAAUUUGAAGCCGGACGAUUACCAUUCCAGUAUCCUGGGAUCCGUAGGAGUAAAGGUCAUGUUACACGAUCCGUACACUUAUCCAGAUUUUGAUGCACCCGCUAAAUUAAUAGGCAUCGAUAAAUAUUCCUUUUUGACCGUAAAACCGGAAAAAACCUACUCGACGUCCAACGUUAAAUCGUUACCAUUGUCUAGAAGACCUUACAUAUUUAGCGACGAAUCAGCUGCAAUUAAAGGGUUCAGAAAUAGAGAAAGAAACUUCGUCACCGCGAAAUAUUCCUUUGAAAACUGCAUGACGCAAUGCCGAGCCACUGUAAUAAAGACAAAAUGCGGAUGUAUCCCGUAUUAUUAUCCACAGAAUGGUACUAGAAUAUGCAAUCUAAGGGACGUUGAGUGUAUGGAAACGUACAAAUACUGGUUCGAAACAUCUUGGCCAGGAACGGACAUGUCGCCUAGAAAUUUACCAUAUAUAGAUGUGAACACCAAGUUGACGCCUUGCGGUUGUAGACCAGAUUGUGAUUUUUAUCGAUUUUCCAUGGAAAAUUCGAUGGGAAACCUUGAUAAACACUUUUCUGACAACGGCUAUAAAUAUACAAAUAACACCAGCGAAGGUACAAUAUGGAGAAAUCAGAGCGUAAUACAUAUAUUUUUUGGCGAUCUAGUAUCCAUUCAAUUUCGUCGUGACGUACGCUACAAUUGGCGUCAUAUAUUUGCAACAUUUGGUGGUCUUCUAGGACUAUUCGCUGGCUUUAGCCUUAUGUCUAUUCUUGAAUUUAUUUAUUUUUUUAUUAUUACUGUUAUAAAAGACGCAUAUAUCAACCGAAGUAAUACAAAAAAUACAAACUAAAUAAACUACUAAUAACAAUAAAUUAGAACAAUAAAAAAAUAUAACGUGGAUGCAUGUGUAAGUACUUACAUGCACGCCUACACGCUUUUCUUAAAUUAGGUCAUUUAUGUUGCCAAUAUAAAGUACAGGAUAACCUUA